AAAAUCCCAUCACAUUUUUAUUUUAUUUCUAUUUUUAAUUUUUCUACUUCUCUUUAAAAAAUCGCUACUCUCUCACUCUUUAAGAUCUGAUACCCCUUCGAGAUUUUUCCUUUCAGAUCAUGAACAAACUAUAUGUUGGGAAUUUAAGUCCUUCGGUCACUGUCGAGGACUUGAAGGAGCUCUUUGGGGAGAGGAAGCUGCCAGUGGCCGACCAGGUCCUACUGAAAUCCGGCUAUGCUUUUGUGGACUUCCCGGACCAGAACUCGGCCAUAAAGGUUAUAGACAAUCUUUCUGGAGGUAAAGCUAAAUUACACGGAAAGGUGAUAGAGGUAGACUACUCUGUUCCCAAAAACCUAAGGAGUAAGAAGAUCCAGAUCCGGAACAUUCCCCCUCAUCUACAGUGGGAGGUUUUGGACGGCCUUCUAGCUCAGUAUGGUACUGUAGAAAACGUGGAACAAGUGAACACUGAUACAGAAACAGCAGUGGUGAAUGUUACGUACGCAACCAAGGAGGAAGCUAAAGAAGCCAUUGAGAAGUUACCAGAACACCAGUUUGACGACUACUCUUUCAAGGUGUCAUAUAUUGCGGACAUGGAUGCUGCUCCGCCCGACCAGGUUCCCCGCACGCGGCGCGGGGGUCGGUCGUCCCGGGACCACGGUGCCUCUCUGCCCGGGCCCUCGGGAGACUUUGGCGCUCCUCGCAGCAGACAGCACGACUUCCCCCUGCGCAUGCUUGUGCCUACUCAGUUUGUGGGAGCCAUCAUUGGCAAGGAGGGCCUCACCAUCAAGAAUGUCACCAAACAGACACAGUCCAAGGUGGACAUUCAUCGGAAGGAAAAUGCAGGCGCAGCAGAAAAGCCCAUCACCAUCCACUCAACUCCCGAAGGCUGCUCCGCCGCCUGUCGCAUGAUCCUGGACAUCAUGCAGAAGGAGGCCAACGAGACCAAGACGACGGAGGAUGUCCCUCUGAAGAUCCUCGCCCACAACAGCCUGGUGGGCCGGCUGAUUGGGAAGGAGGGCCGCAACCUGAAGAAGAUCGAGGAGGAGACAGGGACCAAGAUAACCAUCUCCUCAUUACAUGACUUAACCAUCUACAACCCUGAGAGGACCAUCACGAUAAGGGGCAGCCCCGAGGCGUGUUGUAAAGCCGAGGCGGAGAUCAUGAAGAAACUGAGGGAAGCCUACGAGAACGACGUUGCUGCUAUAAACCAACAGGCCAACCUGAUCCCGGGCCUGAACCUGAACGCUCUGGGCAUCUUCUCCUCUGGUCUGCCGGUGCUGCCCCCUGCUGCUGGGCCACGUGGUGCAGGGCCCCCUGUGGCUCCAGCAGGAUACAACCCAUUCUUAAGUCACUCUUCACAUCUCAGUGGCCUGUACGGGGUUCCUUCAGCAAGUAACAUCACCCACCAGCACUCACAACAGGCUCCAGAACAGGAGGUUGUCUACCUCUUUAUUCCAACUCAGGCAGUCGGGGCCCUGAUCGGGAAGAAGGGCCAGCACAUCAAACAACUCGCCCACUUCGCUGGAGCUUCCAUCAAGAUUGCCCCAGCUGAGACCCCAGAUGUUACUGAGAGGAUGGUUAUCAUUACUGGAACCCCAGAGGCUCAGUUUAAGGCCCAAGGUCGGAUAUUUGGGAAGCUGAAAGAGGAGAACUUUGUCUCAGCGAAGGAGGAAGUCAAACUGGAGACUCACAUCAAGGUUCCCUCAAGUGCAGCCGGCCGGGUCAUCGGUAAAGGCGGAAAGACGGUAAACGAGCUGCAGAACCUUACGAGUGCUGAGGUCAUCGUACCGCGGGACCAAACUCCAGACGAGAACGAUGAGGUCUUUGUGAAAAUCAGCGGGCAUUUCUUUGCCAACCAGACUGCACAGAGGAAGAUCCGGGAGAUCAUUCAGCAGGUCAAACAGCAGGAACAGAAGCACCAGCAGGGCGCCGCCGUGUCACCGCACUACUCCAAGUGACCAGCGGGGUGGCUCCAGCGGGCGCCAGCCAAUGAAUGUAGCCCUCCCAAACGGACAGAGACCUACCCAGACAAAGGCCAAGGCCAAGGGGGACAUGCAGGGCAGACCAGCAGCACCGGGAUCAAAACCAAAGAACUUCACGAGGGGGGAAACAAGUGAGAGCCAAAGGCUGAGGGCAUUGUGUGCACUGCCAGCCCUGUGAGAGCAGAUAGAGUGGUAGAAACCGUACUGAUAUAAUAUAACAAAAAAGACCAAAAAAAAAAAAAUAAUGUACAAGAAAGGUGGAAAUGGCAGAGAAUUUGGGAACUGUUGUCUUCACAGUUAAAAAGGUAAAGAGGAAAUAGUAUGUCGCCCUGCAUAACGUUAUCUCUGUAGUUGGACUAACAUAGGCCUAACAAACUGAUAAAGCAACUGUAUUAACACGAGCGUAUACGAGGCGUUGUGAUUGAUAUUUUGGGUUAGAACGAGAGCACGUGACAAUGGACACCUUCUCUCACAAGAGUUUGAGAUAUUCAGAUUGCAAGAUUAAAUAUCCUUAGCAGUAUUAACACAGAGUAGAAAAGUAUAUUGAUACACACUGAGAGUAUGCACUGUUGUUUUCCUAUCAAAAUGACAGUACAGCUUGGUGUAGUUUUUAAUAUUUUUGCUUGUUACAGAGAUUGAUUGGGCUGUGACGGCCACUUAAAGCAGUUCCCCUUGUUUGUUCACAUUAUAGGCCACUGACUGAAAUCUAAAAAAAAAAGAAAAAACCCCUAUAAGUAAAUAUGGUGAAUGGUUCUGAGUCUUUGUAACGAGCCUGUGUGUGUGCCAACGCAAAAGAUAACGUCCCUUUGAAAUGUCUCUCACCAUUCAUAUCUGAUGCUUCACUUCUUUUUUUUCUUCCUUCUGCUAAUUUCUGCUUCACUUUCUCAUCACUCUCUCUCAUCCGGCAUGCGUUUUUUUUUUUGUUGUUUUUAAAAAAAAAAUAGGAUAAAAAUAUUUGUUCCCCGUAGCCUUUUGAUAACAUUGAACUGACUGCCACUUUCACUCAACAGAGGGUUAAAUGCAACAGAGGGAGUUUUAUUCCCCCCACUAAAUUGGUAUCAGUCUCCCAUGCUGUACAGUAGAAUACAGGAGCAUCUUAAUACAUUAGAAUAUGAUGGAAAAGUCUGUUUCCAGUAGUUCAAGUCAAAUAGUCCCAACCAAGUAUUGAGUCAUAUAGAUAAACAGACUUUUCAGAGGCUAACACUUCCAGAUUAAACAUACUUUUUAAGUUGGUCUUUAGUAAUAUUACAUUUGUUUGAGACACUGAAUUUCAGGUCAUUCAUAAUUAGAAUAAAUUAAAUAAAUUAAGACACGUGUGUAAUGGAUCUAUAUAAUAUGUUAUUUCCACUUUUUUGUUUUAGUUUAGUUUUAGUUUAGCUUUUUUAUUUGAACAUGAGCUAGUAACACAACAAAGUAAACUGAAAAACAAACAAAUCCAAUGAGCAUAAUCAAAACAAAAUAGCAAUAGUCAAAACAAAAGCUAUAAUGUGAACGCAACAUGUCUGAAAAGGAGUAGGAUGAAGCAUAAUAUGCUUAUUUAAAAAUACCCCUUCUCCACUACUCAAUUAACAAUUUUUUUCCCUAAACAUGCAUAUUUACAUAAAACAUAUUUACAAAAAAAUCAAAAAUGAAUUAAUUGAAUUGAAUUACUGACAUAAAUCUACUUUCUAUGAUAUUCUAAUUUAUUGAGAUGCACCUAUAGAUCUACAUUCAUGUUUAUUGGCCUGAUAAUAAAAGAUAUAAAAAAUCAAAAGGAUGUCUCUUAAGGCAUUCUCCUUGCAAUCAGAGCAAAAAUUGACAUAAAAUUGGGGCUCCUUUGCUUGUUAACCAGUCGUUUUGAAUGUGCACCGCCACACGCUCGGCCUUAUGAGGACGUCACGAGGGCCCAGAGAGGGGGACGACGUGGCUUUGAGGGGAGGGGAGGGUGCAGACUCGUGGUGUGUGGAUUGGCAGUGAGAAAAAAGUUUUCGGGUUAGUGGGUGGGUUUUUUUGGGUGGGUGGUGGGUGGUGGGUUUAUGGGGAGGCACUGUAUGACCUGUGGUACACACACAAACGUGACCGCAGCCGCGUUUGGCUUUAACCCUCUCGGGUACGGGAGCUUUCUAAAACGGCAUGACAGCUGUGAAUGUACGAUAUGCAGCCUUUUUAGAAAAUAUCACCCCUGCCGUGUCCAGCAGGCCGGGCCAGAGGCACAGACACACAGAUUGUCAUUCUCACUCUCGCUCUUUCUUUUUUUUUUUUUUUUUUUUUUUCUUUCUUUUUUUUUUGGUUUGUUUUAUUUUGGCGAGCUGGCCGACCGCUCUGCGAGUGUGAGCUGGACACGCAGGUCCUGGUGUCCCUUCGUGCUUUACUUUGGAGACCAUGGAAGCUUGUUGCCUUAUUUUGUCACCUUUCAGACAUCAUCACCCAUCAGCUUCAUCUUCCAGACGCAAGGUUAUUGCCAAUACGCACAGCUUCCUCCGUGUGUGUGUGUGUGUGAUUGUGUGUGUGCGCAUGUGUGUGUGUGUGUGUAUAUAUAUAUAAAAAGAGAGAGUAAUAUUUAUGAAUCUAUUUUUUUCCUAUUUUGUGAUGAGAGCUAUUGAUAAGAAACAAAAAGAAAACAAAGUCCUUUUCUUUUUUUCCUCAGUGGGACACUGCCAUAUUAUUUUGAAGGGAAGUGUUUAUUUUCUUGAAAACUAGACUAUGAAUAAUAAUAUAAACAAAUAAAAACCUGAAAAAAAUAGGAGAACAGUAAAGUGAACCACCGUGUUAACUUUGGUCAGGAUGUGAACAGUGCGCAUGUCAGUAUUGUGAUCUACCUCAGGCUUCAGGGUACCUCAGUCCAAUCUUUCAUUUCCCCUUUUUCCACAUUUUGUAUGCCUUGUUAACUGAUCAUUUUGAGCGUUUUUAAUUUUAUUUUUUAAUGAAAAGAAAAAAGAACAAGACAAAAGAUCUACAGUAAUCUCUAAACUCUUCAGGUCCAGCCGACUAGUGAAACUUUGUAAAACUGUAGUCAACUGUGUUGGACUGUCUUUACCUGGACGCCAUACAACCUCUUAAUGAUACAAAAGGAUUUCCAAGUUGCUAGAAAGGAAUGAAGAGCAGGAUCUAAGGGGUACAUACCUGCCCGAAGUGGUUCUGAAUGUGGAUGUUGUGUACUGAUUUCACCAUCUGAGACAGAAAGAAAAAAAAAAGAAAAGAUACCAAUCAGUUGAUAGAAACAGAAACUAACCAACUGUACCUCCUGUUUUUCCCAACUGUACCUCCAGGUUUUUUUUAGACUUUUAAAAAUGAUUCACUUGUGAAAAAGAGAAAAAAAAAAAAAGACAUUUUUUUAACAACCCAAUUCAAUCUUACCAGCUCUAUUUGAUAACAGCAUACUCUGGGGUUGAUUU